CGGAAGUGGCGCGGCGCUGGCUACGUCAUAGGAGGGGAGGAGGUGGCGGCCGCGGGAGGACGGGGCCGGACUCCGCGAUGGAGAACGCGAGUCAGGAUAUCAACCUUAACUCUCCCAACAAAGGUCUGCUGGCCGAUACCAUGACGGACGUACCCGUGGAUAGCGGCGCCUCGGCCAGAGCCGCUGCACCCGAAGGGCUCACCCUGGCUGAAGAGGAGGAGCUGAGGUCUGAGCUCGCCAAGGUUGAAGAAGAGAUCGGCACUCUCAGGCAGGUUCUGGCUGCUAAGGAGAGGCACUGUGGAGAGCUAAAGAGGAAGCUGGGUUUGACUCCCCUGGAUGGGCUCAAGCAAAACUUGUCUAAAAGCUGGCACGAUGUCCAAGUCUCCAAUGCUUAUGUGAAAACAUCUGAGAAACUUGGAGAGUGGAAUGACAAAGUGACACAGUCUGACUUAUAUCUUUCAGCCAGCAGCACACUGGAGGACUGGAAUGAGAAAUUAACUCAAUCAGAAGCUUACAAGAAGACCCAGGAAACCCUUUCCCAGGCAGGCCAGAAGACUUCAGCAGCCCUGUCCAACGUAGGCUCUGUUAUCAGCAGGAAACUUGGUGACAUGAGGGAAUUUCCCAUUCCGCUGUGGCUGGGAGUAUCCAAGUGGGCUCACCCCUUCUCCAAUUCCUUUAGCAGUUACUCCAUCCGCCACUCCAUCAGUAUGCCAGCCAUGAGGAAUUCUGCAACCUUCAAGUCAUUUGAAGAUAGAGUUGGGACCAUAAAGUCCAGAAUGGUGGGCAGCAGGGAAAACAGCACCGAUGGCCUCCACUCCCCCUCGGGAGCUGGGGAUCAACCUCCACAGGACAACGCUCCCUUCUAGACCCGUGAUGUGGCUUUGCACGACUCCGAGCCACCUCCUCCUUCCCAACCCUUCCCAACACACGC